AUGUUUCACUUUAUCUUCAAAACCUCUCUCCAUCUUCAACAAACCAGAACCCUGAAUGCCAAUAUCAGAUCCCUCACCACUCUCAGCAUUUACCCAGCACUCACAGACUAUCUCACAAACACUUUGGCUUUCACCCCAGAGUCAGCUCUUCAAGUCUCCAAGAAAAUCCAUGGUAGACCCCCCAACAAUCCCUACCCAGUCCACUCCCUCUUCGAACAUUACGGUUUUACCCCUACCCACAUAGCCAAAAUCAUCACCAUAUGCCCAUCCUUCCUCUGGGCAAACCCAGAAAAAACCCUCAAGCCCAAGCUAGACUUUCUCGCCCAAAAUGGCAUUUAUGGUCAAGACCUUGUAAGCACAAUCACCAACAACCCCAGAAUUCUAGAGCGGAGUUUGAACAAACAGAUUGCGCCCUGUAUUGGGUUCCUCAAGAGCUUUCUUGGGUCUGCCUCGGCUUUGUUGUCGCACUUUUCGGUCAAGCGUGGUACUGCGGUUGUGCUCAGAUUUUCUGACUCUAUGGGCGCGAACGCUGAGACUCUAAGACAACACGGUGUGCCUCACAGUAACAUUAUAAAGAUGAUCGCGUGCCAGCCACGGAUAUUUUCAAGGGAUGUUGAGGUUUUCAGUAAGAUUGUGAGGGAGGUUGAGGAACUGGGUUUCAAUCCGUUGAGCAUGAUGUUCAUCCAUGGCGUGUGUACGCUUUUUUUCGAUGAGGAAGGACAAAGUUUUGGGUGGUCGGAGGCGGAGUUUCAGGCUUUGUUCUUGAAGCAACCCCCGGUAAUGAGGUCGUCAGAGGAGCGAUUAAAGAGGGCAUUGGACUUUUUCAUGAACAAGAUGGGGUGGGGCACUUCGGACAUUCUCAAGUACCCAGUUUUGCUUUGCUUGAGCUUUGAAAAGAGGGUGUUGCCGAGGUGGUCGAUACUUCAAGUUUUGAUUGCCAAAGGUGUUAUAACCAAGAGCAAGAAGACUACUGCGAAGGCAUUUAUGCAAACUGAGGACAAGUUUGUGAGCGAGUUUGUGAACGGAUAUGAAGAGCAUGCCCCUGAACUUUUGGAGAUGUACCAAAAAAAGCUCCAAGAGUAUUAUUUCUGUACCAGGAAUGCUGUAAAUAACCUGAAACUUGACAAUGCGCAUGACAAAGCCAGAUUCUGGGCCUCGCUCCAGGCUUCUGUUUCUUCUGAGUUCCCAGGCUUCCCUUUCUUCCCUCUGACUUUGGAUUGGGAAGCAGCUAGUUCUUAUGGUUUGGGUCUGGUAGGUUGGAUGGCUGGUGCGGUCCUGAUAUUGGUCAUCAAGGAGUUUGAAGUUGGUUUCGACCCAAACAACAAAUUAACGAUGAGCAGCUGGCCUACUUCUCCAUUCAAGACAGGUCUUUCCUUUCAAGGAGGUUUCAAGUUUUGGGAGUCGAGGAGAUUUCAUGUAGAUGUUAUUGGAUCUUCAAAAGUCUUUUGA